CCUCCCUCCCCCGCCCUCCCGUUCCCGGGCGGCCGGUCUGAAGCGGCGGCGCUAUGAGCUGGCCGGCCGCCCCCGGCUCGGGGCUGUGAGGCGCUCGGGGCCGGGGUGCGCGGAGGCGCGGCGGGCGGCGGACGCUCCUGCUCGGCGGCGGCCAUGCGCGCGGGCCGGGGCGACGUCCCAGGGACCGGCGGCCUGAGGGCCCCGCCGCCGCCGCUGCUGCUGCUGCUGCUGGCGCUGCUGCCCGCCGCCGCCCCACGGUCCCCGGCCCUGGCCGCCGCUCCUGCGGGGCCCAGCGUGAGCCUCUACCUGAGCGAGGACGAGGUGCGCCGGCUGCUCGGUCUUGACGCAGAACUUUACUAUGUGAGAAAUGAUCUUAUUAGUCACUACGCUCUGUCCUUUAACCUGCUAGUGCCCAGUGAGACAAACUUCCUGCACUUCACUUGGCAUGCAAAGUCCAAGGUUGAAUAUAAGCUGGGAUUCCAAGUAGACAAUUUUGUGGCUAUGGGCAUGCCCCAGGUCAAUAUCUCUGCUCAAGGGGAAGUGCCACGCACUUUAUCAGUGUUUCGGGUCGAGCUUUCCUGUACCGGCAAAGUAGACUCUGAAGUCAUGAUACUAAUGCAGCUCAACCUGACAGUACAUCCUUCCAAAAACUUCACAGUCUUAAAUUUUAAACGAAGGAAAAUGUGCUACAAAAAACUUGAAGAAGUAAAAACUUCAGCCUUGGACAGAAACACUAGCAGAACUAUUUAUGAUCCUGUACAUGCAGCUCCAACUACUUCCACGCGUGUGUUUUAUAUCAGUGUAGGAGUUUGUUGUGCAGUAAUAUUUCUUGUAGCAAUAAUAUUAGCCGUUUUGCACCUUCAUAGUAUGAAAAGGAUUGAACUGGAUGACAGCAUCAGCGCCAGCAGUAGUUCCCAAGGGCUGUCUCAGCCAUCCACGCAGACGACUCAGUAUCUGAGAGCUGACACACCCAACAAUGCAACUCCCAUCACCAGCUCCUCAGGUUAUCCUACCUUGAGGAUAGAGAAGAACGACUUGCGGAGUGUCACCCUUUUGGAGGCCAAAGCCAAGGUGAAGGAUAUAGCAAUAUCCAGGGAACGGAUAACACUGAAAGAUGUACUUCAAGAAGGUACUUUUGGGCGUAUUUUCCAUGGGAUUUUAGUAGAUGAAAAAGAUCCAAAUAAAGAAAAGCAAACAUUUGUAAAAACAGUUAAAGAUCAAGCGUCCGAAGUUCAGGUGACGAUGAUGCUGACUGAGAGCUGUAAGCUUCGCGGUCUCCAUCACAGAAACCUUCUUCCUAUUACUCAUGUGUGCAUAGAAGAAGGGGAAAAGCCCAUGGUGAUACUGCCAUACAUGAACUGGGGGAAUCUUAAGUUGUUUCUACGGCAGUGCAAAUUAGUAGAAGCCAAUAAUCCACAGGCAAUUUCCCAGCAAGACUUGGUACAUAUGGCUAUUCAGAUUGCCUGUGGAAUGAGCUACCUGGCAAGAAGGGAAGUAAUCCAUAAAGACCUGGCUGCUAGGAAUUGUGUCAUCGACGACACUCUUCAAGUGAAAAUCACAGACAAUGCCCUUUCCAGAGACUUAUUUCCCAUGGACUACCACUGUCUAGGGGACAAUGAGAACAGACCAGUGAGAUGGAUGGCUCUGGAAAGCCUGGUUAACAAUGAGUUCUCCAGCGCUAGUGACGUGUGGGCCUUUGGAGUGACGUUGUGGGAGCUCAUGACGCUGGGCCAGACGCCCUACGUGGACAUCGACCCCUUUGAGAUGGCCGCUUACCUAAAAGAUGGUUACCGAAUCGCCCAGCCAAUCAACUGCCCUGAUGAACUGUUUGCUGUGAUGGCCUGUUGCUGGGCCUUGGACCCGGAGGAGAGGCCUAAGUUUCAGCAGCUGGUCCAGUGCCUCACAGAGUUUCAUGCCGCCCUGGGAGCCUACGUCUGACCGCUCUCCCAGACCACAGCUUGGAAGAAAGUGCCUGUUGCAGAUGCUUUGCCUGUAGCGCAGUGCCUGCAGAAGCACCUCUGUCUCCCAGAACACCGUGCCUUAGGAAUGCUUUCAAACCUGAACUUCUAAAGACAGACUUCACGUGGAGUAUUUUCUAGAUACCACUUUUAUUAGGUUGAACUGAAGGGGUUUUGUAAAUUUUUUGGCCAAAAAUUUUUUUAAAAUAUAGAUACUUUGGACUAGGGGUGCAUUCUUAAAAAAAAAUAAACAGUUUUAAAAAUUGUUUAGA